CCAAUAAUCAAAUCAUAAAUAGCAACCCCCCCCCCCCUUCCUCAUUCUUUCGAAUGUGAUUCUUAUUCUUAUCUUCAUCCUCAAUUCGGUCCUCUUUCUUCCUCUCGUGUAUUUUCUUACCAGUGCCAUCAGUACCAUCAUUAUUGCCAGCGUCUUCAUCAAUAAACCAACCAUGGCUACGUACGACUACAUUAUCGUGGGUGGUGGUCUCACCGGCUCGGCCCUGGCCGGUCGCCUUGCUGAGCAACACCCCUCGCGUACGAUUCUUCUUCUAGAAGCCGGUUCGAAUGUUGUUGGUCAUCCUUUGACCAGCGCACCGCUUGCUUGCUUUGGUGCUCACCUCUCCCCACUAGACUGGGCCUAUCAAACUAUACCCCAGCGCCACCUAGACGGCCGGCAGUGCUAUAAUGCUGCUGGGAAAGCCUUAGGCGGUGGCACCGCCACUAACUAUGGAACCUGGACUCGUGGAAACGCGGCUGACUACAACCUUUGGGCACAGCUGGUCAACGAUGAGAGUUGGAGCUAUAAGGGCCUUCUUCCUUACUUUAAGCGUUCGGAGACGCACUGGGACCCCAACGCUGAUCCCACCAUCCAUGGCCAAUCAGGUCCGAUCCAUAACGCCACUGUUGCCUCCAGUAGCCUUGACCGCAAAUAUCCCCUCCGUGACCCCCUGCGCGCCGCAUGGAGCCGUUUGGGUGUAGAGCCCAUUGCUGACGGCAAUGCUGGUCACCCGCUAGGAUUGGCUGCGCUGACCGAAAAUUGGCACGAUGGCCAACGCCAGCUUGCCAGUGAGGCCUACCAGGUCCUCCAGAAGUCCAACAUCACCAUUCGAACCGAGACCUUGGUCAAGCGGAUCUUACUGGCUGAAAAAGACGGCAACAACAACAAGCUCGCAACCGGUGUUGAGCUCCCCGACGGGACCACCUUCCACGCUGCACAGGAAGUGGUCAUCUCCGCCGGUGCCUAUCGGACCCCUCAAGUGUUGAUGCUAUCGGGCAUAGGGCCCCGCGAAGAGCUAACCAAACAUCGCAUUCCCGUCCAGGUAGACGCACCCGAGGUGGGACGCAAUUUUCACGACCAUUUCUCUCUGAACCAGUGGUGGAAGCUGCGACACCCUGAAAAGGGCCUGUCCAUUGGAACCCCCCUCUGGCAGAAGCCGGCCUAUGGGUUAGGGCUUCCCUGUGACUGGGUCGCAACGGUGCAGCCGACGCCGCGGGCGGAGUUGAUGCGAGCCUUGCAGGCGGAUGGAAUCAGUGCGGCCGAGAUCGAGAACCAUCCCUACCUUGCGCCCGAUUUCUGUCACGUUGAGACCUUGGUCGUGUACGCGCCCGCAGGGGCGGCGGUAGCCGGCGUUGACGUCCCCAUGGAUGGCACCCACAUCGCCUCCGCGGUCCUGGGGGUGGUCCCCACCUCGCGCGGCAGCAUCACCCUGGCCUCGGCUGAUCCGCAUGCCGCGCCCCUGGUCGAUCCCAAUUACUACGGUACCGAGGUGGAUCGUGCCAUCCUGCGGGCGGCCAUCCGCCAGGUGACGCGUUUGCUUCGUGACACGCCGGAGGGACAGGAGAUGGUGGUCGAAGAAGUCCCGCGGCCGGGCCUGGGACCUCUGAGCGCCACCUCGACCGAUGCGGAAAUUGACGAGGUCGUCAAGCGCGGCGGAGCCACCUUCUAUCAUCCAGCAGGCUCCGCAGCGAUGGGCAAAGUGGUCGAUACCCAGCUGCGGGUAUAUGGAGUCGAGAGAUUGCGGGUGGUCGAUGCCAGCGUCUUGCCCUUGUCCUUGGCCGGUCAUUAUCAGGCCGUGCUCUAUGCGCUAGCCGAGAAGGCCGCGGAUCUGAUCGGCAACGCGUAGGCUUAUUUUGAGUACCCUAUGGAUUUCUAGAAGCUGACAGCAGAGAAAUAUAUCCACAUGGUGUCAUGAUUUAGCCAUGGUUUCGUUCUUUUUUUUGUUAUUUUUUAUUUUCAAUGAGCA